UGGACCUCGUCGCACACUGUCGUUCUUUUACAUAGAAAAUGGCGUCAGCUGACUCGCAGCCGCGGUUCGGGCAGUCUGUCAAGGGUUUGUUAUCCGACAAGGUAGGCUCCUGCAGCGGGGACGUGAUUGCGUUGACCCGCCAGGUGCUGAAGGGAUCCCGCAGCCAAGAGCUUCUCGGACAAGCGGCGAGGAACAUGGUGAUCCAAGAGGACGCCAUUCUGCACUCUGAGGAUAGUCUGAGAAAAAUGUCCAUUAUCACAACGCAUUUACAAUACCAACAGGAGGCCAUCCAGAAGAACAUGGAGCACUCCAAGAACCUGCAGGACCAGCUGACACAUCUUCUGAAGUGACACAGCCCGGAGGACAUGGAGGACAUGGAGGACAUGACGACACAUGCCCAACCAUGGAGGGGUUGGGCUCAGAGACCUUCUGGUCUCACUGGCCUCCUGCACCGAGGGACGUUCAUCAGCUCUGCGUUAUACACACACCGGGCUUAAGCAAAUCUGUACAGUUACUUGUGUGUCAGAUGAAUGUUGGAUCAGUUGUAGUAUAUUUGUUGUUGGACAGAGAGGCUUGGGAUGAAUUGCACAGCUGGACUGGUUCCAUGUGUAACAUGUUUCAUUUCUAAAUGAAAGAAGUCAAAGUGUU